UUUACCGAUAGUUUACUGUGUGUAAAUAAUAUUUUUUAUCAUUAUCCCUAAAUAAAUUUAUAAAUUCGACGUUCCAUGACGUAUACCUGUAAUUAUAAAAGAGUAUACGCGCCAUUAUUUGAUGAAAAAAUGUUAAAAAGUAUUAUUUUUGUGUUAUCAUAUCUUGUUGUUCUUUCAUACGCAAAAACUUGUGAUUUUAACGUGAAACUGACUCAAACUCUUCGUAAUGAAGGAUUUCACAGGAAUAUAACCUAUGAAGUAAUAUUCAAUGCCGAUGAAGAUAAGCCUCGCCGGGAACUGCGAGACUGUUCUGUGGGUCUGGAUCAAAAGCUGCCGCCAGGAGUGUACGCUAACCCGGAUGAGCUGGGGGAUUUGAAAAGGACGAAAAAGAUAUAUGUGUUACCAAAGAACCGAAUCAACAUAGAACUGCCGGCUGAGCAGUCAAGCGAAAGCAGCAUAUAUGUGAUGGGAGUAGUCACUGAUGACCGGGCAGACUUGUGGGUACCGGUGCAUGCUCGGUACCAUCAGGCUACUUUUGGAGGAGGAAUGGCUAGAAACGAGAUCCACCCUCCCCGUCUGUUCCUGUACUGCCCUGACGUUCUGCGCUGCGACGGACCGACGAUGCCUUUACUCUACACUUGUGAGGACAGCCCUAAAGACUGCUGGAACACCUACGAGGAGAUCCCAUACACUGUGCUCACAGACACCUUGAUAUGGGAGGUGCCAGUCGGCAACACGCAACAUUAUCUGGCGGUCGCCGGCGCCACGGCGCUGGUUAUAGUCGCUGGCAGCCUGUACUUACUCAAGUCCAUACAUCAGUACAAGCGGCACUGAGGUACCUAACUGUUGCAGUUUUACCCUACAUAUAUAUCUACUUAAUGGCGCAGCGAACCAAAAUCAUUAUUGGCCAAGUUUACGCCAGUUGUCUCAAUCCUGUGCGAUGGCUGCGCCCAAUAAUAUUGUCAAGACAAAAGGGCCGGUUGCGUCAAACCGUCUGUCACCGUUAAAGCGUUCGUAAAAUUGUAUUGUAUGGGAAGUUCCAUAGACAUCUGCUGCGUGACGAUGAUGUGUCUGUCAAAUGUGGUUGAUGGAACUGGCCCUAAGAAUGUAUUUGGAUUUGGCUGGGUGUAGGCCCAUCGGACGUCCCAGGUAUCUAGGGCUGUUUUACCAAAUCGUUAAAACCUGGCACCCUAAUACAUCAGUUCAAGCAGCACUGAGAUACCUAACUGUUCCAGUUGUACCCUAUAUUCUACCUGUAUGAUUAAUGAUAAUGGCACAGCGACCCAAAAUCAUCCUUGGCCAAGUUUACGCCAGUUGUCUCUAUCGCCGAAAUACGUCCAAUAUUAUUGACAAGACGCUGCUUGAAGGUCACGUAUUGAGAAUAGACUAGGCAUACCUGCAGGGUUAACACAUGAUUGCCGCGAGAGUAUGUCGCCGCGAGAUAGACUACCCGUCCUUAUGUCAUUAAUACUGUUAGAAGAAGACGUGUCAUCUAUCUCGCGGCGACAUACUCUCGCGGCAAUCAUGUGCUAGGCCUACUGGGACGCUUAGCAACGGGAAAGCCGUCGGACGUCCCAGGCUAUGUAGCCGAAUGGCACAAACGCUCACGAAACGAAACGCGGGUAGAUAUCUAUCUCUAUCGCUCUUGCGUAUUGGCGUGACAGAGCCAGACUACCUUUCGCGGCGUUUUGUUUUCGUUUCGCGUCGCAAAAAUGCCAUUCGGUCUACGGCACCAGAUAUCGCUGAACCUAAGUUUCACUCAACCAUACAUAGACAUGAAAUAGAUGGCGCUGUAUACAAAUAACUCUAAUAGUAUUGUAUCUUCAAUUGCGACCUUAAUACAGUGCCAUAAUGUUGUCAGUGUGUAAAACUUAGAUUAAUUAGUUUAAAUAAUUGUGAUCUAGUCUGCGUAAACAAUAUGCAUUCCUAAAAGUAUUUCAAUUGUACCAAAUAAGUAAUU